AUGAUUGUAUUCCGAAAGGGAAAGAAUAUAUUCUUUUGUUCGCAUUGGAAUGAUAAUACAUUCAGGAUUCUCCCAAAUAUUUCAAAAAGGUGUGUUUGCAAUUUAUUACCAAAUUGUUUUAUAAAAGUAAAUUGUUUGAACCAAAAGCUUAAAAGGAAAUGCUUCGCAACUAGCCACAAUGAGGAUAUUUUGAAAAAAAAAAAUUGCAACAAUGAUAACAAUAUAGCUAGUGAAAAUAACAAUACCGAUUGUAACAAAAAUUUAUUUGUAGAAGAACUCAAUAAUGUAUUUAAGGAGUUUCCAUUAGAAAAUAAAAAUAAUCUAAGUAAUGAAGAUAUAUUUAUUUCUAUAAAUUAUAAAGAACAUGAAAAUAAACAAAUAGGAAGCAUUCUUAAAAUGGAUGAUAAUACAUAUGGUAUAGUUUUACAAUUAAAUAAAAAUGAUACUAUUAUUGGUAGAAUAAAAAAUGUAAAAAAAGAAUGUAUAGAAAAUUUAUGUGGAACAGACUUAGGAAAUAUGGAAGAUAAUAAAAUGGGGUGCACAAAUGUAUAUUCUCCAUAUGAAUAUCUAAAUUAUCUAUAUUUAAAAAAUUGUAAAAAAAUAAACAUAUUUAAUAUAAAUAAUAAAGAAAUGUUUAGUAAAAUGGUAAUAACAAAACAAUUAUACACCAAUAAUUUAUUAAUUGAUUUAUUUUAUAAAAUUAAUUAUGGUCAAAAAAUAUGUAUUAUAGGAGAAAAAGACCAAGGAAAACAAAAUUUAUUAAAUUCAAUUAUUUAUGAAAAUUUACUCGUUAAUUUGAUUAAAGAAAAUGAAAAUUUUUUUAUUAUAUGCUCAACUAGCCAUAAAUCAGAAAUCACAAGUAUUUUUCAAAAAUUAUAUGAACAAUUCAGAAAAAACAAAAAUUGGCUAGAUGGAAAUGGGGAAAAAAAUAAUGAUGAUCAAAGAUAUCAAGAAGAAACUAAAAUAGACAAAUUAUAUUCAAAAAAUUAUACAUAUGAAAAUAUAAAAAUUCCAAAUGAUAUAUUACUAAUAAAUUCAGUACCACAAAAUGAUACAAAAGUAGCAACAUAUGUUUCACCAGUGUUGUCUACAUAUAAUUUACACAUGUAUAAAAAUAUGUACAAAAAUGUUAUAUUAAUAUUUUAUGACGUUGAAAAAUAUAGUAACAUUGUUUUAGACUUACAAAAAGAGAUGAAUAUAUUAAUAAAAAAUUAUUAUGAAAAAAAAGAAAAUAUCAAAAUAAGUAGCGAAAAAUAUGGGCACAAUAUUUCAACAUUGCCUUUUUCAAUGUACACAAUUUUAUCGAGAUAUCUUUCCUUAAGCAUGUAUCCUUAUAUUAAAUAUCAAAAUGUAAAUGAUCAACUUAAAGAUGAUAGUAAACUAUCAAAAAUGAAAAAUGGAAAACUGGAUGAAAAUUAUUCAGAUGGCAACAUACGCUCAUUAGGAAAUUUCAAGUAUUCUGAUUUGGUAAAUAUGAAAAAAGAAAAAAAUGAAAAUAGUGCUAUUUCAAUAAAUAGUACAACAACAUUUUUAUUUUUAGAUAAUAAUGAAAAAAAAGAAAUGACAGACAUAAAGAACUAUGCAUUAUCCUUAUGUGAAAAUAGUAUAUAUAUAUUUAAAAACAAAUUAGGAAUAUAUCCCGAAAUAAAUAUAAAUAAUGUUAUUAAAAAUUGUACAAUUGAAAAUAAUAAAAUAUGGGAAUAUUUUAAACACGAAAUUAGACAAGUUUUUGAUAAAAGAAAAGAAUUAAUGGAGUUAAAUGAAAACAAAAAAAUGAUGAAUAUAUAUAUAGACCAUUGGGAAAAUGAAGAUCUUAUUCAUUAUAAUAACAUUUAUUAUAUAUUGAUGUAUAAUAAUUCGAAAAUAUUUAAUUUAAAUACAUUUUAUCAAAUCAUUUUUUUAAAAAUAUUAUUUAGUUAUAAUUUUACAAAUGAAAAUAUAUCCCAAAAAAGUAUUCAAGCUUUUUAUAAAAAAUUCUUUUAUUAUUAUUUUCGCCAUAGUAAAUAUUUCUCACAUUUACAUGCCCAGUAUUAUACAAAUUUGUCUUCAUUUCAAAAGAAAGAAAAUGCACACAAUUUUCUUCAAAAAAUAGAAACCAUCUUGAGGUAUACAAAACCAUAUUUUAGUUAA